CAGAAUUAUUAGCUAUUCUUAUAAGAGGCUGAGGAUUUUUAAAUAGCAUAAAAUACAAUUGGAAUCUCUUAUUUAUUUUUGCUGUUUCAUUUUGCAGCAGGAUGCAGAUGUGCAUCAUCUGGAGUUUUAUUCUAAGUGAGAGUGCCUGAAGGGGGAGAGAAGCACAAGAGAGACAAGACAAUUGAACAUCACAAGUGGCUCAGUCUGAAAAAAUGAUGCUGGAUGAACAGUGGAUUAGAACUAAAUUUUAAAAAGGAAAUACAAUCUCAGUCUGACAAUUGUCUUCACUUUCAAAUUCAUCAUGGCCAAAAUCCUCUGGCUGGACGGCUGAGGUGAGUGUCGUACGUUUGCUGUUUGGGCUCAGUGCAUAUCCCUUGUACCUACGGCUCAAAGGACCUGGGAGCAGGUGGGAAUUGGAUGAUGCCAAAUGCUGGAAUGGGGAGAGAAAUGGACUGUGACAAGCUAAGAUGGAAGUGACUUGACAGCUUCAAGCCUAGCAGUUGCCUCUAGUAAGGACAGGUUAAGAUUGGAAUCACAAGUUUCGCUGAGAGAGCAGUAUGCAGGAAGCUGGUUUUCAGGCCACAAAUGCUUUCACAGAGUGCAAAUUCACCUGCACCAGUGGUAAAUGCUUGUAUCUUGGUUCGCUGAUUUGUAACCAACAGAACGACUGUGGGGAUAACAGUGAUGAGGAGAACUGUCUACUUGUAACAGAGCAUCCACCUCCAGGCAUCUUCAGCUCUGAACUGGAGUUUGUUCAGAUAAUCAUUAUAAUCGUUGUGAUAACUGUUAUGGUGAUAGUGAUCAUCUGCCUGUUGAACCAUUACAAACUCUCAACACGCUCUUUCAUCAACCGACAGAGCCAAAACAGGAGGCAGGAAGAAACUUUGCAGCCGGAAGGGUGCUUGUGGCCUUCAGACAGCUCAGUCUCACGACAAGGUGCUUCAGAGAUCAUGUAUGCCCCAAGGUCCAGGGACAGGUUUACCGCUCCAUCAUUCAUGCAGCGGGACCGUUUCAGUCGCUUCCAGCCAACAACCUACCCUUACAUGCAGCACGAGAUUGACCUUCCUCCGACCAUCUCCCUCUCUGAUGGAGAAGAGCCACCACCAUACCAAGGGCCAUGCACGCUGCAGCUCCGGGACCCAGAACAGCAGAUGGAACUCAAUCGAGAGUCUGUCAGGGCACCACCCAACAGAACCAUUUUUGACAGUGACUUGAUAGACAUUUCAAUGUACAACGGGGGCCCAUGCCCACCAAGCAGCAAUUCGGGCAUAAGUGCAACCAACUAUAGCAGUAAUGGAAGGAUGGAAGGACCACCCCCAACAUACAGUGAGGUCAUGGGUAAUUACCCAGGCUCCUCUUUUUUCCAUCACCAGCACAGCAAUGCACCUCCUUCAUCACAGAGGGGGAGCAGACUUCAGUUUCAGCAGAACAAUUCAGAGAGCACAAUAGUCCCUAUUAAAGGCAAAGACAGGAAACCAGGAAACCUUGUCUAAGUUACUUUCCCAGGUGCACUUGAACUGAAGACAAGAGAAUCAAACAGGAAUGUGGAGGAAAAUCCCCACAUUCCUGGGCACAAUGUUGUUAAGUUACACGUGGUACAACUUAGUAAAACCAAACGUGCAAACCAGUUCUUUGUUUCUGAUUCCUUUCAGGGGAAUUGCAUGCAAAGUGGAUUGAGAUAAUACAAACUUCCAUUCAGUUUGGCCAUGAGCAGUGUUUUGGGGGAAAAUAUAUAUUAUUUUUUUUAAAUAAACUAUUUGAAUUAUUUAAUUCUAAAAGGAAACUUAGCACAGAAAUUAGGCUUGUACAGCCUGUUUUAUAUUAACUGAAUGGCAGAAAGAAGAAAGUUUUGCUAGGUAAAUGGGAGAAGAAUCGGCCAGUUUGCUUUUUUCUCCCAAGGCGUGGAAUUUUUUUUAUAUGAAUCAAAAUUCCUGUUUUGUGUGCCAAGGUGUAAAGUUGAGAAAUUAGAUGAAUGCAAGGAGUUAAUUUGUGUUGUGAAAAAUGUGUUUUAAAAAGUUGCACUAUCUUAAUGUUUUAAAAAAUAUAUAUAUGAGGGAACUGUUUUA